AUGAACGACCUACUCAAGGGCUCCAUUGAAAUGGGAAAGGUUAAGUCGCCGAGGAAGAGGGAUAUUGAAUCAGGAGCUGAUAAUUCAAAUGGCAAAUCAGAUUAUGGACUGGAAGAUUUCUUUGAACAGGUAAGAGAGAUUGAGAAGUUGAUGGAGCAGCAAUCUAAGCAUCUUCAGAAGCUUCAGGAAGCCAAUGAGGAAUCUAAAUCGGUCACGAAAGCUUCGGCAAUGAAAGCAAUCAAGCAGCGUAUGGAGAAAGACAUCGAUGGAGUAGGAAGAAUCGCACGUACCAUGAAAACGAAGUUAGAAAAAAUGGACAUAGAUAACCUAAAAAAUCGCCAAAAACCGGGCUGUGAAAAGGGUACCAGUGUGGAUCGCUCGAGGAUGUCUAUGACUAUAGCCUUGAAAAAGAAAUUGAAGGAUAAAAUGAAUGACUUCCAGAAUCUCAGGCAAGUUAUCCAAGAUGAAUACAGAGAAACUGUCGAAAGGCGGGUGUUCACAGUUACGGGAUCUCGGCCUACCGAGGAGAUGAUUGACCACCUGAUUGAGACCGGAAACAGCGAGCAAAUAUUUCAGAAGGCGAUUCAGGAAAUGGGACGCGGGCAGGUUAUUGCUACUGUAGAAGAGAUUCAAGAAAGGCAUGAUGCGGUCAUGGAGAUCGAGAAGAGGCUACAUGAGUUGCAUCAGGUUUUCAUGGACAUGGCUGUACUAGUUGAGGCGCAAGGAGAGAUACUCGACAACAUCGAAUGUCAGGUUUCGAAUGCUGUAAACCAUGUACAAUCGGGAACCGACGCACUCCGCACAGCGAAGAGCCUCCAGAAGAAAUCAAGAAAGUGCAUGAUUAUUGCAAUUAUCAUCCUCCUGAUAAUCGCUGCGAUCAUUGCGCUCUCGAUAUGGAAGCCGUGGAAUCGGCAGAGACAGUAA